UUCGCUCUCAAUCCUCGCAUUGUACUCGUGCUCGCAAUCCUCACUCUCGCGGAUUUUAAUAGUUUCGGAUCGGUUUCAAAAACGCUUUCAUAAUCGCGUUCCCUUCCACGCACCCGCACGCGAAUUAUGUGACUUAGGUUCCACACCCAUCUUAUAUAUGGUAGUAAGUAAGAUAUUCCAAUCCCUCCACCAAUUGCUGUAAAAUUAGCAUCCAAUGACUCAAACAAAUGGAGCUCAUUGGGGAAGCAACACCGGCAUCAAUAACAACCAUUAUGCAGAGCAAAAAAUGGCGAUCAAAAUCGACGUGGGGAAGGAAUCAAAUGAAAAUGGUAUACUUCUCAAGCGUCGAAUCAAGAAAGUUCCGCCGGUGUUGCGAAACAAUGAAAACAACAAGGGAGAAUACGAUCCAAAGGUGGUUUCUUUAGGUCCUUACCACCAUGGGAAACCCGAGCUUCAGCUGGUGGAGAGCCUCAAGCCAAUGGUGGCGAGACUGUUUGUUUCUGACAGCAACAAGGACAUGGAAGAGUUCUACGAGAAGGUGCUGUUGAUGGUUGAUGACAUGAGAAGUUGCUACGAUGAAGGUUCAACAAUUACGUAUAGCGAUGAUGAAUUUGCUAAAAUGAUGCUCUUGGAUGGUUGCUUCGUUCUGGGUAUGAUCGAGAGUUUUGACAGCUCCGAUCACAAACCAGACCGGGGAGCAAAAUACGAUGAUGUUAUGACUCACUUAGGCGUGUUGGUGUGGUAUUCCAUAAAUUCAGAUAUGGUUUUCUUGCUUGAGAAUCAACUCCCGUUUCAAGUUCUCGAGUUGCUAAUGAGUUUAAAAUACAAAGAUGAUGAGGGGAUGAAACGAAUCAACGCGUUUUUGGAAGUUCAGAUUCCUUGGGACCUGCCAUUUAAGAUCAAGACGGAAACAAAAGGCAGUGGAUGUGAAAACCAGCCCCUUCAUAUUCUUCAGUUGUUCUGGGAAAAAUUGCUCUUGGACCAAUAUGCUGAUGAAGUUAACCAACCCCUUCACCAUCUCAACUCACUGAGGAGCUCACAAAGAGUGAAACACAAAAAUGGUAGGGGCAAAGUUAAUGUUAAGGAUUAUAUUCAUUCGUUUCGUUCUGUCACCGAGCUCAGAGCGAAGGGGAUUCAUUUUCGGCCUAUCAAUUCUAAAUCUCGCAAGGCCAUCACGUUCGAAUCCUUUUGGUUCAGUGGAUUGCUCGAACUUCCCCCGUUCCUCGUGACUCCCAAGACCAAAACAAUGUUAUCCAACAUCAUUGCUUACGAGAUGUGGUCAGACAAUACUAACAGCCUUGCGAUCACCUCUUACGUCGGUUUCCUGAAGUCACUCAUUGAUCACCCGGACGAUGUGAAAGAGUUGCGAUCAAAGCAUGUACUGUUCAACAGGCUUGGCAGCGACGAAGAGGUGGCUAAUAUCUUCAAAGAGAUCUCCACUUUUGCAGCGGAGGAUUACGGGAUAUAUGGAGAUGUUACGCAGAGCAUCGAGGAGCAUUACAAGAGCAUGGUGAAGACAUGGAUGGCUGAAUUCUUUCAUAAGCAUUUUAGCAGCCCGUGGACUGUUGUUGCUUCGAUCGCUGCAUCUUUUAUGGUUGUCUCGAGUUUUCUUCAGUCCUACUUUACGAUGUUCCCUCGAUCCACCAACUAGAUGUGUUCCAUUUUCAACUAAGGCUCCAUUCAAUGAUCCUUGCAAUACAUGGAUGUGUUGGAAAAUCUCAAAUUGGAGCACAGAGUCUCUACCUGCUUGUUAUUUAACUUGCUUGCGAGAACAUUUGCUUGAGGUGAGAAACUUUGUUUCAAAAACUUGAAAAUUUUAAAGCUUCUGAAAUUAAACAAAAGAGGUAACAAAUUCUUGACAGAAAAUAGAGCUCAAGUAACUAAAGCCAAUAAAAAUAAACCUAGUAAUCUCUACAUCUGACGUAGACUCUGUAUACAUUAUAUUUAUGCAUUAUUGCUCGAAUGAGCAACGUGGUUUUCCAGUUUAUUGACUCGAUAGAGGGUUCUCGACUUCUCGUAAUAAAUCUUCACUAAGCCUGCUGAUUACUUUCUGCUGCGUGUCUUUCAGUUUCAGCCUAUCUUUACUAUUAUCUGGGGCUUGAGUUUUUCCUCUGGCUAAAUGAAAACCGUCACCACUUGUACUGUUCUACAUAUAGUUAAAUCGCGAUAACAACUGGUCAGUCAUUAACUGGAUCAUUCCAUCACCUUUUCCCGGAAAGCAAAUAAUACAUAGUAACAUGGUUGCAUUUUCCAUAAUUCAGCUUUAAGGUGCAUUACAUACAGAUAUGGUUCUUAGGACAGAAGUAAUAAUUUUCCCAAGUCCACCACACCUUGGCGCUCUACUCCAUAUAGCAUAACCCUCUGAUUACCUAAAUUCCAAUCUUAAGUGAUGAGAAAACCUUGCCUGAGUCAAACCAUAAGACGUAAACUCAUUGCCCCAUUGGACUUUCAGGACUGUCGCAAGAACUAGACUUUCGUAUAUAUUUAAAUGAAAGCUCCAUACAUGCGAGACCAGCUAGGGUGUACCGACUAUUGUGGUGGCAGACCAAGCAUAAAAGAAGCUAUACUCAUCAACCUGGUCCUAAUGCAAAAUCAAUCAGACCCGGUAGCUACACUCGUCAACUAUGUAUUGGCUAGUGAUUGCAUUGUCCAAAAGCGUGAACGCUGCUCUUCCCCCUAACGAAGAAGCAUGGCUCAAUCCAACAGCCUCAUGAAUCUGUGCAACACAUGUUGGACAUAGACAAGUUUGGACGUGUCCACCCAGACACAUGUUGGACAUGCCAAAACAUGCCUGAUUAUAUUAUCAAUUUUGUUUCAUGGCCACACUAGGGAAACAGCGGUAUGCGACACAUUAGGAGUUCAAAACAAUAGUAGAAAAAGUUGGGGACUCGUCAAAUUUAUCAUGAUUCAUGCAUGCUUAGUUGUUAGUUUUUCUUUCAACAAGGAUGCUUAUUUCAUUCAAGCGUGUUUUGUGAUGUUAUAUAUUUACAAUUUUUGUUCUUCUGUGUCUUUUUUUAUCUUUCAUAUGUUAGAAGCAAUGUUCAGGAUCUGUUUAUGAGUUUAUAAUACUUCUAGUUUUUGUAUCCCACAUGUUUGUUUCCUAAUUAUUGAGAAAACGACAUGCCUGAAAAAGAAGAAGCAACUGCGAAAAUUCUGUAAUCCUUGGAAUGAAUAUAACCCUGUUAAGCUCAACAGAAAUAUAAUCACGUCGCAUGACUGCUCAUCAGGAAUUGAAAAUAGGUUAAAAUAAGAGACAGGUAACUCACAGUUUGAGAAGCUAGACCCAACGCAAGUUCCCUUGGUAAACCUGCCGCCACCCCUCCAUCAGCCAAAGCCUCUAUUGCC